CGGAUACCAGGUGGCCGGGAAGGUCCAGGUGGUGCUCAACAACUACCCGCUCUGGGCCAAGUUCCACAAGCACCAGACCGAGAUGAUCAUCACCAAGCAGGGCAGGCGCAUGUUCCCGUUUCUCAGCUUCAACCUCACUGGGCUGGACCCCGUGGCUCAUUACAAUGUCUGUGUUGACAUCGUCCUGGUGGACCAGCACCACUGGAGGUACCAAGGCGGAAAGUGGGUCCAGUGCGGCAAGGCAGAGGGAAACAUGCCAGGUAACCGGCUGUACGUCCAUCCUGACUCCCCCAACACCGGCGCCCACUGGAUGCGCCAGGAGGUCUCGUUCGGGAAGCUCAAGCUCACCAAUAACAAAGGGGCAUCCAACAAUGUCACCCAGAUGAUUGUGCUGCAGUCUCUGCACAAGUACCAGCCCCGGCUGCAUGUCACUGAGGUGAAGGAUGGUGAGGGAGAUGAGUCGUACCCCUCUGCCCGCACCCAGACCUUCACCUUCCCCGAGACUCAGUUCAUCGCCGUCACAGCCUACCAGAAUGCCGAUAUCACUCAGCUAAAGAUCGACCACAACCCCUUUGCUAAAGGCUUCAGGGACAACUUUGAUUCGAUGUACACGACAUCAGAGAGUGACCGUGUCACCCCGUCCCCACCGGCAGCUGCCAGCUGCCAGCAGCUCCUUCCUGGCAGCCGCUUCCAGUCCUUCCUGCACGACCAGUACCCGCUGCCCCAGAGCCGCUACUACAAUGGAGACCGGGCACCACCCCUGCCUCUACAGCACAAGGACCCUCCCCGCUGGUACUUCACCUCCCAGCAGCCCCCCACCCCCUCCCUGGAUUACGGUACCUAUGAGGGCAACUACUCUGGGAACAAGUACAUGUCCUAUGGCGUCAAGCCCUUCACCCUGCAGGCAUCAGCCCACCCGACACUGCCCUACUACCAGGAUCACCACCCCUUCAGCUCACCCUCUGCCUGGACCCCUGGUCAGUAUCACCCCAAGCCCAGCCCAGGGGCACUGAGCUGGUUCCAGCCCAUGCGGGACUUGCGGCCGCUGCCCCCAGGGGAAGAGAAGGGGAAGGAUGCAGAGCUGUGGCCUGAGCCAGCCUCGGUAAAGUCAGCCGAUUCGUCGGACUCUGGGCUGUAUGAUGCAGAGUGUAAGCGCCGCCGCCUCUCACCCUAUGUCUCCAGUGCCGAGAGCUCCCCUCCGGCUCGAAAUGGGGACCUCUACGACAAAGAAGGGGGUGGAGAUGCCGGCUACUAUGGUUUCUAUGGCAACUGAGGACAGGCACAUGCUUGUGAGAGAGGCGAGGACUCAGCGAUUUCUAUGUGAUGUUAAAAUAAGUUCCCUCUCACAAACCCUCCCCAGCCCCCAGGUCCUAUCAGGUUGCCCCAGGAAAAGGUGAUGUUGGGGGGAGGGAAGCAGGAGCAGCAAUACAGCUGGAAGGCUGGGUUGUAGUCUCACUGGUCCGUUGCUGAUCAGACCCCUCCCCAUCCUCUCUUGCACACUUCAGAGACCUCUAGGCGCACACCAGUCACUGCUGGGUGUGUCAACACCUUUACCAGUGUGCUGAUAUGAGUGUAAGUGUGUGCUCAUGCACAAAUGCACUGAUGUGUGCAUGUGUAUACAUGAACCAUGUGUGCACAUGAAUCUGGGUACACUCAAGUACGCACACACUCCUUUCCCCAUCUUAGUGCAUAAGUCCAGUCACCCAGUGUAUGGGUACACUUUUGCGUGCCAGUAGUGGUGUGUGCACACCAGCAUAAGCACAAGUGGGCUCGGCUGUGUUCAUAAAUGGGCUCACGACCAAGAGCAUUUGCACAGUCAAGCACAAGAAGGCAGUUUUGCACACACCCACUCACACCUGUGCUUGUGCUCCCUGGCUCUCUCUGGCAUGUGCCCAGAUGCAGAGAAUUGCACAGUACAAGUGCAUGUUCUCGUGCACAAAUGUCCUGAUAUGGGUGCACAAAUGUCCUGAUAUGGGUGCUCACACCAACCACAGUGCAAGGAAGAGGCACUGCACUGUGUCAGGUUGGCAUGAGCCAAAGCCUGUAGGCCCCAUUAAGCAGCUGCCAUCCCUAGCCCUAUCACUCCUUGCUGGCAGCAGCAGGAGAAGAAAUGAUGCAUGAUCGGCAUGGACCCUAGCAGGAGACAGCUUGUGGCCUGAUUCCCUUAUUUACGAGAUGUGCCGCCUUCCAGGUGCUUGCCAUAAAGCUGGGCUUGCUGCCUCUGCUCAUCCAGAGCAAAAAUUGCCCUCAACUACUGUAAGUGUCACCACUCCU